GUAUAACUUCCAGAGACUCAUGAGAGGAAUUAGAUAAAAUAAAUUCAAUCAAAUACUAGAAACCAUUUGAAACAACUAAAUGGUAAGAAUUAUUUUCCAACGAACACCCCUCAGAAUCCUGGGUAGCACCACACAUCAACUCUACCGACCAUCAAUCCACCCACUAUCACGAAGAGCCAUGUCAUCGGCAAUAAACCCAAACACUAGCGCCAACUCACAAGUGGCAGCAUCAACACAAACACCAAAAAGCGAGAGCGUGCAAAAUGGAGCUGCGUCUCAGAAGACGCCCUUGCCGCUCCCGGAACCGGACCACACCGGUGACACGACGCAGCUGCUCGUCGGCGGCGAAGGCGUCAAGCUGGACCACCUGGGUCCCCUGAUCGUCAACGAGGACGGCACCAUGAGUCGUAUCUCGAACUGGGGUGAAAUGGCCGAGAUUGAGCGGCAGAACACGCUUCGAAUUUUGGGCCGACGGAAUAAGCAACGCCUCGACGCCCUAAAGGCGAAGGCCCAGACCCAAGCUUCUAGUCAGCCCGGGGAAUAGGAGAUGAGACCUGCCUAUCCAUGUCUACAACCCACCUUAUAUCAUGUAUGGUGUGGCAUUUGAGACGAGUUAUUGACUGUCAUAGGGUGAAAAAGUUGCGAUUUUGAUGAUUUACAUAUGUAUACACAGAGUCAGUCAUACAAUAGGAGCUGUACAUGUCAUACGGGACGCACAUACAGUAUGUACUAUACCUACCUACUUACCUCUACAAAUAAUGGACCAGCAC